GCUUUCUGUUUCACCGCUUCCGGUAUGCAGAGCGCCUCAGAGAAUGAGUGUGGGUGGGGCCUCGCUGUUUCUUGACUUUCUCUCCAGGUACCGGUAACGAACGGCGAGGUGGGACGUACCGUUUCGGAGCACGAACAGCCACAGGGUUCCGUGAGAGAUUCGGGGCUAUUGCCCGAAGAAGUCGUCGGAUCCGGUAUCGGCGACAGGCGGGACUCUCAAAGUACCAAACAGCCCCGGUGGUUGCAGCCCCAGAAUGUUCCUGGCUCAUGCUUUCUUCCAUGCUAUGGUAUUAGCCAUCAUGAUCACUGUGGUGGCAGAAGAAAAGACAUGUGAUCUUCUUGGGGAACAGGGACAAGAAUCCUCAAAAGAACUAGCAUUGCUGAACAGACUGGAGCCACUUGUUAAUCAAAGUUUUGAAACAGAAAGCAAGACUGGCGAUGGCCACUACAUUUACAAAUUCAGGAUAUGUCGAGAAGUCUUCAGCAAUAUGACCAAUUCUGGCCUGGUACAGAUCGAUAAGGCAGACAACAGACAAAAAGUAAUAGGACGAAUCAAUGCGACCCAUCUCGCAAAUGGAACUAGGUGGAUUAUGCUGGUCUAUCAAGGCGGCGAUCCCUAUGGUAACCAUUGUAUGCAGGAGGGUAGGAAAGCUUUAAUAAUGAUCAUCUGCAACCGGACAACGUUAGCAACUGGUUUCACCAUGGUGGCAGAAGAGAGGGAGAAGAUAAAGCAGUGUUCCUAUGUUUUUGAGUUAGAGAGCCGCUUGGCUUGCCCUCCGGAAGAGUUGCACCAAAAUGUACGCCCUCACCUCAGUAUUGGGUCUAUACUGCUAAUCACGUUUUCUUCACUGAUUGCAGUAUACAUCAUUGGGGGAUUCCUCUACCAGCGUCUGGUAGUAGGAGCAAAGGGCAUGGAACAGUUUCCCCAUUUUGCUUUCUGGCAAGAUCUCGGCAAUCUAGUAGCUGAUGGCUGUGAUUUCAUGUGCCGAUCUAAACCACAAAAUGUACCAGCUGCAUAUCGUGGUGUUGGUGAUGACCAGCUUGGAGAGGAAUCAGAAGAGCAGGAUGACCAUUUGCUGCCCAUGUGAUCUGCAACUUUUCUUUCUGUACGGUUCUUACAUGAGUUACAACUUUCCCCCUCUUCCAAUUGUCCUUAUAAGCAGCUUGCUUUCACUUUAAUUACCCCAUUCUUCUGCACACCAUUUUUCAUCCUUUCUGAUGCAAAUAAAUUCUGUGAAAGGCUUAUGAACACAAAGCUGUACUAAGGAGCUUUGGACUAGUGACUGCUCAGAACCAUUUUCCAAAAGGGAAGAAAUGUGUGGCAAGUUUGACUAUGCACAGAAAAGAAAUAGUCCAUGAAAGACAAAAGGGUUUGUCCACAGGGGAGUAAUACUAAUAAGGUUUGAGCUACAGUGAUUGAAUGUACUUGCAUAUUUUCUACUGGCUUUAUUCUACAAAAACACUGGAUUUGGAUUUUCAAUUAUGCAGCUAUACAAUUUUUUUAUAAUUCAAAGAAGCCUUUCCUAGCAUUUUUAAAUCCUCUGGAGACACAGUAGACCAAAUGGAAAAAAUACAUAUUUUCUUGACCAAAUUACUUUUUUUUUUGGUCAGCAAAAAAAAAAGGAUGCUACUAGCAACAUGUUUAAAUGGCCUAAAUUUAGAUGGCAGUAGAGAUUUUAGAACAGUUGAGAAAAUCUUAAAAGAGCAGAUUAGAGCAGUAGUUAACACUUCAUUCUGUUUAAAAGCUUGGUCUUUCAUCUUUUGUUACAAAUAUGACAGUGCCUGCAGCUGCAAAUUAUCUAAAAUACAGAACCCAAUGGUAGAUAGGAUUUUUAACCAAAAAAGGCAGGAUAGGAAACCCCAAAAUCUGUAUGGAAAGUGUUUUUCUGGUUCUUUUCAACCUAUUUUAGUGUUUUGGACUAAAUAUUUUUAAAACUGGUGAAUGUUUAUGCUUACAGUUCUGCUUACACAGUAUGAAUUCAAUGGAAAUGUCAAAUCUGAUCUGUUCCUGUGUAUACUUUUUAAAAAAAGGAUAGGACAUGGAAGGUCUGUUGCUUCAGGGAAUUGCUUCCAUUUCUUUGGUGCAUGUUGUACUGUUUCCUAAUGAAGAUUCUCAAAAUUGCAUUUAAAAUGCAAUUAGGACUCCUGAAUUCACUUGAACUUGCUGGGAAUACCGGCUCUUUGUGAGGGGAAAUAAAUGCUUACAUCUUUUCUUGGUAUCUUCCUUCCUAGAGGAACUGGUGGAUCUAACUGGGGGUAAAUCUCCAGGCACAUCUAUAGGCUGCUUCCUUUUAGGAAUAGAUACGGUAGCUGAGAUGAGAUCUGAGACACAGUAUCGCCCUCUUUGUCAGGCUCUUUCAUAAGAGAAAAGAAUGGGCCAUUACAUCUGUCAUUUUUUUCAUAGUAAAGUUUAAAAGAUUUUGUAUAAAAGAGGUGCAACUUUAAAAUUAAAAUGACUUGAAAUUUCAAAA